UGCGUCAUCAUGCGAGCUCCCGGCGAAAGCUUGUGCGCUUUCGCCGAUCAAUUUCAUCUCGCACACACUCAAUCUCUCUUUCUCAAGACAAGCUAUACUCAAGCGCAGCUAUCAUCAUGACCGGAGAAAAGACGCCCGAGCACUUGCACAUUGAGGACCUCGUGAGGACGAAGCUCCCAACGUCGCCGAUAUACAAGUUCUUGCUCACACCGGUGGUAAUCACCAGCGCCACGAAAGGUCAUGUGGUCGCGCGCUUGCCGCUCUCCGAGGAACACAUGAAUAGUGCCCGCUCUCUCCAUGGCUCAGUAUCUGCUACGAUUGUAGACUGGGCGGGCGGCAUGGCCAUCAGCACAUGGGACUUGCGUGUCGCCAGUGGAGUGUCGCUCGACAUCCAUGUCACAUACCAGAGCGGUGCCAAGGUGGGCGAAGAGAUUGAGAUCGAAGGCAUUGUGGACCGUGUCGGCGGCAAUGUCGCUUUCACCAAGAUCAACAUCUACAAGGUUGAGGAUGGCAAGAGAGGCAGGAUCGUCGCCUCUGGCACGCACACCAAGUUCGUGAAGGGCUCUGAACCCAAGCCAGCAUCUUGAACUUGAUUGUCAAUGCUACCUGCGCACCUGCACCUACGUCGCAAGGUUCCUUGCCGCAGAUUCGGCAGGAUCACCCUUUCUUCUUUGCGCCUACACAUGCACUCACGAUCUGUGACUGGGCUCACUCGGAAUGGGGAAAUUAACGUCUUCGACUUUAGAACCUGCUGCGGAGCGUCAGCCUUGAGGCAGCAGGAAUUACGACUUGACGACAUUCAUAGAGGAACACCAUAGAUGUGCAAUGUAUGUCAGCAUUUCUAUGCGAAUACAAGUCCAUUCCUUCACCCCGUAACGGACAUUCAAUGUCGCACGACUGAUGCUGAGCCGUCACGCAUUUUGCUGCUG